AUGGAUCAAAAGGAGGAAACCGCUGACACCUAUAAAGGUGAGAUGGACAUGAACGAUAGCUCUGACCUCUCAGAGAAGAACCAAGCCUUGACAGAUGAGAAUGAAUGUUUGAAGAACAAGGUGAAGGUUUUAAUGGAGAGAACUUCAGCUCAAGAGGCUUUGGUAAAUAUGCUUCAGUUGCAAAAUUCUGAAGUGAACGCAGAAAACAAAAUGCUUGUAGCUGAAAAGAACAAACUGAUAAAAAACAACCGGAAACAGCAGGAUAAAAUAGAAAUGCUGACAGGUCAACUGAAGGCUUUAGAUUUUAACUGCAAAGACAUGGCCGAAACGGUUCAAUAUCUGAAGAACACUACCAUAGACAUCAAUUUAGCUCAUAACUCUCUGGUUCAAAAGAACAAGUCUUCACAACAACAGUUGGAAGAACAGAAAAAAAUAAUAGAAGCCUGUUUGGAUGAGAGCGAGCGGUUAAGAAAGGAGACUUCACUAGCAGAGGAAUGUUCAGAGAUGCUCAGAGUUCAACUGUUAGCUGCUGAAGAGGCUGCUGAGAAGUCAGACUCUAGGAGCAAAGGGUCAGAACAAACCAUCCAGAGCCUUCAGGAGAAAAUUAGAACGUUGGAAGACGCACAGUCUCAGAAGAUGUGCUGUGAUAUGCGUGAACUACAGCUGCACUUAGGGGAAAAGCAGGCUGAGGUUGAGCAGAUGAGAAGGGAGAAUUUGGGGAUUGGGACUGGUUGGCGUCCUGCCGUGCGCCACUGGACACGCUCCUCUUUCACCGGGAAACAGCUGAGAGUCUGCAUCCCACCUGAAUCCCCCAACAAGGAGUUGGUCUUGGUUAUCGGGGAUUCACAUCUCAGAUCCUUCGUGGAGAGAGAUGUGGACAUCAGAGCAGAUGGCCCAUACUCCUUUGGGUACAUUUGCUCCCCUGGUGCUACAGCUGACACCCUGGAGACUGACGUACGCCAUUGCACUAUUGACCAACGUGUGUCAAAAUGUGUGGUGCUGGCUACGGGCAACGACUCUUCCACCAGGGGCCAGACAGUGGAGCGGGCACAGAAGAACUUCCAGAGUCUUCUGUCUACAGUAAAACGUCUUUGCCCAAAGACAUGUGUGCUGGACUUCCCGGCUCGUCAUGUGGUCAGUGUGGCCAAGCAGAACCAGUUUCGCGAAGCAUACCAGGCAGCAGCAGAGGCAGAAGGGCUGCAGUAUGUCUUCUGUGUGGACAGCUUCCCUAUGAAGAACUUGCGUCUCUGGGCUAAGGAUGGUAUCCACCUCAGUGUACCUGAAGGCAUGCGAGUCUUGUCUGACUUGAUCUGUAAGGCCAUCAGGGAGCUGUCUGAGAGCACCGUGGAUUCUGCCCACCCAAGCCCGAAGACACCUGCCGCCCCGUGUGUGAAGCCCCUGGCGAAGACCCCAGAUGUGGUUGUGACCUGUCCCACAUCCAGAGCAGUCCGAGUCCCAUCUACCACUCCACAGACGGACUCUGAGGGCUGGGAAUUUGGAAAGAAGAGUCUACAGUCGACUGCCACCAGCACAAGAAAUGUUUCCCUGCGACAGGUCACCGGUCUGUGUGCUAUUCCCGUGUCUGCUGGCCGCUUUGCUGUUUUGUCUGCACCGCAGAAGCCACCUGCAACCUCAAAGAACCCAACUACCCUGGCAACGAAGAAGGUGAGUCAAGCAAGGACUGCCGUGCCAAGUAGAAGUCAGCCAAAGAGACAGAUGAAGCAUGCAGCCAGAGUUGGGGAAGCAGCGAGCUCAACAUCAAGCUGGCAACCUCGAGUUCUGCUGAAAAAGCUGGAGACGACUGUGGCAGAGGCGCCAGUCAGACCUGCUAUCAACACAGCACCGACUGAAGAUCAGCAGGUGCAGACUGAUGCUGUGACAGUGACACUACGUCCAUCUACCUGCACAGAGCCUGAAGUGGUCGUGGAAGUGGUGAAGCCUGAUGUGAAGAGACCCAGGAGGACCUCCAGUCCUGUUCACAGAGAAGCAGAUGUGCAGGAGGAGCCUGAUGUGAAGAGACCCAGGAGGACCUCCAGUCCUGUUCACAGAGAAGCAGAUAUGCAGGUACCAAUGAAGAAGGUCUGCUGUGGAAAGCAAGUCCCUGUCGUCAGACUGCAGUGGCCGUCACCCGAAGAGUGCAAAGCAAAAGUGGCCAAGAAGGAUUCCUGCCAUGAAAAACAAGCGUCUGUUCAACUACAGCCUCUGCAGCAUGAAGACAGCAAAGCUCCUCAGUUUGACAAUAUUGUUGGGUCAUUUCAUCAAGGACACACAAUAUUUCAUCCACAAAGUAGAGGAAAGCAGUGCACGGCCAUUGCUUUGGCUGCAAUUGUUCAACACACACACCUGCGGGAGGUGCAUGAAUGGUCUCAGAAAGAUCUAAACAUGACUUUAUUGGAAGGUGAUCGUCUGUACAUAAGAAAGAAGCAUCGUAUUCCUGAGGAUCAGUCUUAUUUGGGAGCUUUUGACUUUAAAAACGAGGAGAAGCUGUUUGGCAAGACGUUUUGUUUGAAAAUGGUCACUGUUAUUGGACGUCUGCUUUCAGUCACCAACCCUGAGAAAAAACUAUGUUUUGUUACUUUGAAGACAGCUCUGGAAGAACAUCUUGCUACUGACAACGCUUGUCUCUUCACCAUGUCAGCCACUACAUAUGCUAUUAUAGCUAAAAAUGGCAUGUAUGCUAUUGUGGACUCUCAUGCACGCAGUAAAUCUGGGAUGGUAGAUGGCAAUGGUUCAAGUGUUGUUCUGUUUUUCAAGCGCAUCAGUGAAGUUUAUGACCACAUAAUCCAACUUGCAGCAGGAUUCACUGAGCCAAAUGUUCAGUUUGAGCUCAAUAGCGUGGCAGUGACUUUGAAAGACUGUGACUGUGAUGGUGUGACUGCUGAGCCUACUCUGGGCUGUCCUGAACGUCAUGCUAAAGCCAAACUGCAUGAUGCAAAUGACAUUACAAUCGUUGGUCAUGAGGAAAAUGCUUUGCAGUUUAAUCCUCUUUCUGAAAAAGUAGUGCAAGCAAUUUGCAAAUUUCUUCAUGUUGAAUUUGAAAAUUGCAAUGUUAAAGAGUCCUUAUGCGCUGGGGAUGCUGGAGUGCCAUGUCAUAAUGAGAAGAUUGUUGCCGAUGGUAACUGUUUCUUCCGUGCCAUUUCUCAAGCCAUAAGUGGGACACAGAAACACCAUAGAAGAAUCAGACUGACUGCAGUGAAGCACUUAGAAAAGAAUCCUGAAAAAUAUCACUGCCUUUUGAAUGAAGAACAUCAGCAUUUGACUGUGGCAGAGUACAUCAAACUGCAAAAGAUGUCUUAUGUAAACACCUGGGCAACACAAGCUGAAAUUCAAGCCACAGCUGAUUGCAUUGGAGUUGAUAUUUAUACCUUCUAUCAAGGCAAAUGGUUAAGAUUUAAAAACAGUGAAAAACAACAGUCUGCUGAAGGCAUCUACCUACAGAACACUGGAGCUCAUUAUGAACAUGUUGUCUGUGUCAAACAAGGCCAACAAAAUGACUGUUAUAAACUGUGUACGUUUGCAGCAGUAGUUCCAUACAAACAAAAGAACUACAAAAACAAAGCAGCUCAAUUAACGGCGGAAACAUGUGUCUCAGAUGAGUAUUUGCAUGAAUGUACCUCUGACUGCAAUGCACCAUGUCCAUUACAAGAAUCAAGAGGAGAGCUUUGGAUGUGCAAGGUUUGUCAUUCAAAGAUCCGAAGAGGUGUAACCCCAGCAGAAUGGUGGGGAAACAAUUUACAACUGGAUUCAAUUCCUCUUGAGUUAGCUUGUUUGAAUCAUCUUGAAAAACACUUGAUUGCUUUAAACAUUCCAUUUAUGAAAGUAUUAGCUUUACCAAAGGGUGGUCAAAAUGGAUGCCACGGACCAAUUUUUUGCAUCCCUUCUUCAGUAAAUCAUACUUGUUCUGUUUUGCCUCGGUCAAAUCUAGAAGGUUGUCUGUUACGUGUUAAAUUAAAGCGCAAGCUAUCUUACAAAGGACAUUAUGAAUAUCACUUUGUCGACACAAAUCACCUGAAAGAAGCACUUAAAUAUUUAAAGGAAAACAAUCAAUAUUAUCAAGACAUAGAAAUAAAUGAAGAAUGGGUGAAUGAGUUUGAAGAAGAAGAAAACCAAGCACAAGACGACUCUAAUGAUAAUGCACAAAAAACAGUUCCCCUGAGGAUGCACAAGACAAAACUCAACAUGAAGAAGAAAUACACUACAGAAGAAGUCUCCAACAAUAAUUCAAAACAAACUGAGUCUCCUGAUGAAGAAGAUGAAACUCUACAUGACCGGCAAAACCACUGUAUUUAUCAAGAUUCUUGUUCCAUGCCUGUUGAUCUUGGUCAAGAAACUCUUGAUCAGGGUUUUGAAGAUAUAAUUAAUCUGGCACCUGCUGAAGGAAACAAUCCUGUGCGUAUUUUGUCAGAUAAAGAUAAUGAAGCAAAAUCCUUUCCAUAUCUUUUUCCAUCAGGGAACAAUACUUAUCAUACACCCAGACAGCACUACUUGACAUUGGCACGAUAUUUUAAUAACAGAAUAUUGCACGCUGAUGGAAGGUUUGCAAAGUGCGUUGAAUACAUUUUUUUUGCACAAUACAUGUCAGAAGUUCAGCAAGUCAUUCAGCAAGUGUCAAUAGCAUCACGCAAAGGACACACAAACCCUGCAGGCCAAAAAGAAAAUGCUCCAGAAAACAUUGAGUCUUUGCAAGACAUCAUUAAGACUGAUGAAGGAUAUCGUUUUCUAAGGCCUAUAAGAGGUACUCCAAGCUUUUGGCAAGGUGCACAAAAGGAUUUACUUGCCAUGGUGCGGAAUCUGGGAAAACCCACUUUCUUUUGCAGUUUUUCGUCUGCAGACUUGCGCUGGGGAGGGCUUUUAAAUUCAAUUUUGAAGCAAGAGGGGAGAACUGAAACUUCUGAGAGUUUGGAGUAUGCUGAAAGGUGUGAACUGUUACGUAAUCGCCCUGUCACUGCAGCACGCAUGUUUGACUACAGGUGGCAUCUCUUGUUGAAUUACGUGUUACUAUCUUCAUUGAAUCCAAUUGGAAAAAUUAAAGAUUACUUUUAUCGUGUAGAAUUUCAACAACGUGGAUCACCCCACGUACACGCUUUAUUUUGGAUUGAGGAUGCUCCUGAGAUUGGAAAAAACACAGAUGAAGAAGUGGUGAAAUUCAUCAACAAGUACAUAACAUGUGAAAUACCCACACAAGAUCAGCAAUUAGCUGAAACUGUUACCUCCGUGCAGCAACAUUCUCAACGGCAUUCGAAAACAUGUAAGAAAAAGAAUACAGCCUGCCGGUUCAAUUUCCCACGCCCUGUAUCUGAACGUACUUUCAUCACCAAAAAACAGAAAAUACCAAAGUGCCCAAAGUGCCAAGGUGACACUGCAACAAACAGCCAAGAACAAAAAAAAGACACUGCUGAAUGCAUAUGCUCUCAGAAUGAACAGAACUUUAUGAAAGAAGAGGAUGCAAUGAAAAUACUGACAACUGUUAAAAAAGCACUUCUGGAUAAAGACAAUCCCAUUACAAGUAUCCAGCAACUGUUUCAAAAUGUUGGCAUUACGCAGGAAGUAUGGGAGAAAGCACUUAAAUGUGUUGAAAAACGCAUGCAAAUUGUCCUGCAAAGAGAUGUCAAUGAAAUUUGGAUUAAUCCAUAUAAUCCAAUUUUGUUGAAAUGUUGGAAUGCCAACAUGGACAUCCAAUAUGUGGUUGAUGUAUAUGCUUGUAUCGUUUAUAUUAUAAGCUAUAUGUCCAAAUCUGAGAGAGAGAUGGGGCUGUUGUUGAAACAAACACACCAAGAGGCAACAAAACAGGGAAACGCUGAUGCCAAAGAAGCUAUGAAGAAGAUUGGCCAAGCCUACCUCCAUAACCGUGAUGUGUCUGCACAAGAAGCUGUGUACAGAAUCACUCAAAUGCACCUCAAAGAAUGUUCAAGGAAAGUUGUGUUUAUCCCCACAGGUGACACAAUUUUCAAACUCACCAAACCACUAAAUGAGCUGAAAAAGUCAGGAAACAAUGACAUUUGGAUGACUGGAUUUGUGGAUCGAUAUAAGAACAGACCGCAGAAUGACACUUUUGAUAAUAUGUGUAUAGCCACAUUUGCUUCAGAGUAUCGUGUGUUAAGUACAUCAGAAAAGAAAUCCAAAAAUGUGAUUAAGUUACAGAAUUCAUGUGGCUAUAUUUCAAAACGUUUUAGAACCAAACCUGCUGUUGUGCGCUAUGCACGGUUUUCAGAAACAAAGAAUCCUGAGCUAUAUUACAAAAGUCUGUUACAGCUGUUUUUUCCUUAUCGUCAUGAUAACGACCUCAAACCUUCAUCAUUUCAUUCUUUUGAACAGUUCUACAAAGAGGGCACAGUGCAGCUUGGCAACCAGACCGUUUCAGUGAUGUCAAUUGUGAAUUCAAACAGAUCUCACUAUGACAUUGAAACUGAAGAUUUGGAAGAGAUAAAAAAUAACCUGGACUCUAAUGAAAUAUUAGAGGAUGCUUGGGCCAUGCUUUGUCCUGAGCAAGAAGCAGAACGUUUGGAAGCCAGUGAUGAGCUUGCACAGAGUAAAGUGGAUGAUGAAGACCCCUUGCCCCAUAUUCCAGAUUUGGGGAUAGCUAACAAAGAAACUGCUCAUUUAGAAAAACAACACAAUGCGAUGACUCGAGCUGAAGGUUUGGAUUUAAUUCGAUCUUUAAAUGACAUCCAGCUGUCUAUUUUUUUCAAAAUACAAAAGUGGUGCGUACAAAAAGUCAAUGGAAAUGAUCCAGAACCUUUACAUGUGUUCAUCACUGGUGGCGCUGGCACAGGGAAAAGCCACUUGAUUCGGGCCAUUCAGUACGAAGCCAAUCGUCUAUUUGCUCCAAUGCGGCGCCACCCAGACAACAUGAGUGUUUUAAUAACAGCACCCACUGGUAUGGCAGCAUACAAUCUAAAUGCAUCUACAAUUCACAGUGCAUUUAGCAUUGGAACAGAUGUGACACUUCCCUACAUACCAUUAGGUGAAGAAAAACUCAAUUCUCUCCGUGCCAAAUAUAUUGAUGUGAAGUUAGUAAUCAUUGAUGAAAUAUCAAUGGUUUCUCAUAAACUGCUCACGUAUAUACAUGGACGGCUGAGGCAAAUCAAGCAAAGAGGUGAUGUUUCCCCUUUUGGAAAUGUCAGCCUUAUAGCAGUUGGUGAUUUCUAUCAGUUACCUCCAGUUAUGGCAAAAGGUUUGUACACUGACAAUCUACCUCUGAACUUUUGGUCAAGUUUCAAAAUGGCUGAACUGAAAACAAUUGUCAGACAGAAGGAUACCACAUUUGCAGAAUUACUGAACAGAUUAAGAACACGAUCGAAAGGGACACCCAUGCUUCAUGAAGACAUCCACAUUCUACAAAGUCGUGAAACUGGAGAGGAGUCUUCUGCUCUACAUAUUUUUCCAACAAAUUCACAGGUAAAUGAACAUAACUUUAACCAGCUCAAAGCCACUUGUCCUGACUAUCAAACAAUAGAUGCACAGGACUAUCACUACAACAGGAAAACUGGAAAAAUGGAAAGCAAAGUCACACCUCACAGUAAAGACAACCUCACCAGUCUGCAGAAACAGCUAUUUUUGGGUGUUCCUGCCAGAGUUAUGCUGUGUAAAAACAUUGAUGUGGAAGAUGGAUUGGUCAAUGGAGUCUGUGGAACUGUAACACAUAUUAGUGAAACAGAAAGAAAUGGACUUCCUGAAGCUGUGUAUGUUCAGUUUGAUGACAUCAAUGUUGGCACACAGAGACGAAAGAAGUACCCAUCCACUGCACCUGCUUUAAUAAACUCCACGCGGAUACAGCCAGAGGAGGAAAGGGCUAACAGCAAAGGGGGAAAACGUCGUCAGUUUCCUCUUGCACUUGCCUGGGCUGUUACAAUCCACAAAGUACAAGGCCUGACUGUUGACAAUGCUGUGGUGUCGCUAAAGCAAGUGUUUGCCUCAGGACAAUCUUAUGUGGCUCUAAGUCGUGUAAGAAGUCUAGAUGGCCUUAUUAUCCAGGACUUUGAUGAAAAGGCUAUUUAUUGUAAUGAUGAGGUAAAACAUGCAUUGGAAGCUAUGCCAUGCUUCUUGGAUGACAAUGUGUCACAAGCCAAACAGUCAGCUGAUGUGUUAACCUUGUUUUUGAUGAAUGUUCAGGGUUUAGUAAAACAUGUACCUGAUUUGGUGUCAUCCAUGCAGCAUUUACAGCCUGACUGUAUAGCUGUGACAGAAACAUGGUUAACAUCUCAGUCUGCGCUUCAUAGUGUUGACAUAGACGGUUACAGUUUCCACAGCCGUCCACGAAGUCUGGCAUACGAACACAGCAAGCAUCCAGCUCUUACUACACUCAAAAGUCAACAUCAUGGUGGAGUGGGCAUGUAUUGCUCCAACAACACUAACUAUCACUUUCCUGAUGUACCCCAAUUUAAUUUGGAGUGCUUAAUUUACAAAAAUGUAAAUCAUCAGGUUUUAGUUGCUGUUGUGUAUCGUCCACCAACAUAUCCCAUGUCUGUGUUCAAGCAGAAUUUGAAAAAACUCCUAACCUGGCUACAGGCACAAAGUCAGUCAAUUGUGGUUAUGGGAGAUUUCAAUGACGACAUAUUGAAAUCAUCGUCAGUGUGCAAUUUCAUGAGCAGUUACGGAUAUGUUCAGAAUGUCACGUCUCCAACUACAGAACGAGGCACUUUGAUUGAUCAUGUCUAUGUCAAAUCUGAACAAUAUGAGAUUUCAUCAGAAGUUGUUCCAACAUAUUUCAGUGAUCAUCAGGGCAUAGCCUGCUCUCUUAAGAUGAAGUCUGUUUAG